AUGAAUACAUUAAAACAGUUACAGGCACUUAAAGCAGAAAGGAUGACUGUCCCGCUAGUAUUCCUUGCCAUCUUCUGCUCGCUGCCGACUGUUCAAGGAAUCAGUAGAUGUGAUGCUUGUAAGGGUUUAGUUUUUGUAGUGCGACUCACAUCGCAGCUUGGAAUGAAUGCAUCAUUUAAAGAUCUGACAGCAUACAAGUGCGAUUUAUACGAAAAAGAAAAUGAUAAGGACACGUGCAAGCAAGUUGGGAAAGAAAUGUCUGCAAAGGAAGAUGGUAUGACCGAAGCCCGGAAACAACAUGCUCCAUAUGAAAUAUCGGCAAAAGCUGGCCCAUGCGUUCGAAUGUCAUCAUCGGAGUCGAUUGAUCGCACUCCAUCAGGUGCACCGUACUUGAAUGCCAAGCACGAUGGAGGUUCUAAUGGAACAUCACGGAAUGGCGCCUCGCGUCUUUCCUGCCGACGUCCUCUCCAUCGUAACGAACCAACCAUAGUUCUAAGCGAGCCUUGA